UUAACAAAUGCAGAAUUUUGAAAUGCCCUCUGUCCUUUGACUCAGCACAGCAGUCUCUUUCUUCCAAAUUUCCAAUCUUCCAUCCUCUUGAAACGCUCUCUCUCCUGAUCUAAAGAGCUCCUACAGGCUACAGUCCUAUCGAUUCCGCUCUCUCCAAAUUCAUCUCCCCAGUGGCUCAGUCCUUCCUCCUCAUUUCAUCGACUUUGAUUUUUGUGAUUUCUUACCCGAUCGAUUUCAUCAGGGUGAAAUUGGGGAUGGAAAUUCUGAGUGCCUCACUAGCGACAUUUUUGGAUCAGCUAGAUGUUAAAUCCAAUUGCUUGUUGCAUGUUACAUAAUUUUGUUUGGAUGGAAGGUAGAGCAGAUCAAUUAUUGAUAGAGAAGGAUUCAAAUUUCUAAACAAGGACGAUACUAGUGUAGUGCAAGAAGGCAUUCAAGUUAUUAAACCUGGACCAGCCCGGCGGGUCGACCCGGUAUCUGGACCGGUCUGGGCAAAGUUAAAAACCGGCUUGGCAAAAAACCGGUCAAACCCGGUUGACCCGGUGGGUCGACCCGUGACCCAGGCGAGACCCGGCAUAUAUAUACAUUAACUUUCCUUUGAGCCGCUGGCAGUAAAACGAAAGUUGAACAACUAAUUAAUUAGUCUCUGCCCUAAUUUCUUGAGAAGAGCAGCCCGCCCCUAAUUUCCUUCUCUGUUAUCUUUUGCAAAACAAAUAAUUGGUUGAGAUUUCAUCGGAGAAAUUGGAGUUUAUUUCUACAGGAAAUUAAAGCAUGGAGGAAGAGGAUAACUACGUGGAGUAUGUUCCUGUGGCGAAGCGUCGAGCAUUGACAGCUCAAAUGAUUCUUCAGAGAAGGGGAAAUAUCUCUGCUUUAGAGGAUGAACUUGAAAAAUCAAAACUUGCAGAAGCCAAACCCAGUCUCCUGGUCAAAGCAUCUCAGCUCAAGCGUGACCAACCUGAAAUUAGUCAGACGGAGCAGAUUGUGCAACAAGAAAAAGAAAUGAUAGAGCAUCUAUCUGAUAAGAAAACACUCAUGUCAGUUCGUGAGUUGGCCAAGGGAAUCACAUAUACGGAGCCAUUGUUGACAGGAUGGAAGCCGCCGCUUCCAAUCAGGAAAAUGUCCAGAAAGGAAUGUGAUGCAAUUCGAAAACAGUGGCAUAUAAUAGUUGAUGGUGAAAAAAUUCCUCCACCGAUUAAGCAUUUUAAAGAUAUGAGGUUUCCCGAGCCUAUUUUGAAAAUGCUAAAAGCCAAAGGGAUUGUGCAACCUACUCCUAUUCAGGUGCAAGGUCUUCCUGUUAUCUUAACAGGAAGGGACAUGAUUGGGAUUGCCUUCACAGGAUCUGGGAAGACGCUUGUUUUUGUGCUUCCACUGAUUAUGAUUGCCUUACAGGAGGAGAUUAUGAUGCCCAUCAUGCCUGGAGAAGGCCCUGUUGGUUUGAUUGUCUGCCCAUCAAGAGAACUUGCCAGACAAACUUAUGAAGUUGUGGAAGAAUUUUUGAUUCCGAUGAGAGCAGCUGGGUAUCCAGAACUGAGGCCAGUACUAUGUAUUGGUGGAGUGGAUAUGAGGUCGCAGUUGGAGGUUGUAAAGAAGGGUGUGCACAUUGUAGUUGCAACUCCUGGAAGGUUGAAGGACAUGCUAGCAAAGAAGAAAAUGAGCCUGGACAACUGCAGGUACUUGACAUUGGAUGAAGCAGAUAGAUUAGUGGAUUUGGGCUUUGAGGAUGACAUAAGGGAAGUUUUCGACCACUUCAAAGCCCAAAGGCAAACUCUUUUAUUCUCUGCCACCAUGCCCACCAAAAUUCAGAAUUUUGCUAGAAGUGCUCUCGUGAAGCCUGUCACUGUUAAUGUGGGAAGAGCCGGGGCAGCAAACCUUGAUGUGAUCCAGGAGGUUGAGUAUGUAAAACAGGAGGCAAAGAUUGUUUACCUUCUUGAGUGCCUACAGAAGACACCACCUCCUGUAUUGGUAUUUUGUGAGAACAAGGCCGAUGUGGAUGACAUUCAUGAGUAUCUCCUCUUGAAGGGAGUGGAGGCUGUUGCCGUUCAUGGAGGAAAAGACCAGGAAGAGAGGGAGUAUGCGAUUUCAUCAUUUAAAGCAGGCAAGAAAGAUGUCUUGGUUGCAACUGAUGUCGCCUCAAAAGGGUUGGAUUUUCCUGACAUUCAACAUGUAAUUAACUAUGACAUGCCUGCCGAAAUUGAAAACUAUGUACAUAGGAUUGGGCGAACAGGAAGAUGUGGUAAGACUGGAAUCGCAACGACCUUUAUAAACAAAAACCAGAGUGAGACGACACUUCUUGAUCUGAAGCACCUCUUGCAAGAAGCGAAGCAGAGGAUUCCUCCUGUUUUGGCUGAGUUAAAUGAUCCAAUGGAAGAUGGAGACACGAUUACCAGUGCAAGUGGAGUUAAAGGGUGUGCUUAUUGUGGUGGUCUCGGUCACCGCAUCCGUGAUUGCCCCAAGUUGGAGCAUCAGAGAAGCCAGCAACUUGCAAACUCCAGGAGGGAUUAUUUCGGGUCUGGUGGUUAUAGGGGAGAAAUCUGAUGUAUUUGUACGGUCUUUUCAGCUGAUCUGGCGUGCAUAUUUCUAUAAUAUGUUUGUGUUACUGUAUCAGAAAACUUUAUGUUCUUUUAAAUGGCAGGGUUACAAUAGAGAGGCUUUAGUUGAAAUUUAUGUUGUCUGUAAAUGUAGUUAAGAUAGCCAGUAUUGGAGGAUUAUCUUGUUAGCUAACAUUUUUUUUGAAUUUUUAUGAUCUCUUGCCCUGCUUAUUGAAUCA